AUGCCAUUUUGUAGCGAUGAGGUGCACUCGUGGAAAUCAGAAUACAAAACAAGGCAAGGAUAUGACGACAUUUCUGGAUAGACCAAUCGGUGUGCCUCAAGACACUCUCGCGAAGACAGGUCACAUUUGAAAAGAUUGAAUGAAUUAUUUGAAUUUAAUUUUGAUGAUGAGUUAUCAGGGUACAAAACAGUACUGUACUAGUUGUGAAUGAAUCACUAGUUGUGCCAGAAAGGUGUUCUUUUAAACAUAGUCCCUGUUCCUUUAGGCGGAGCAUUUAUAAUGGGAAAAAUCAUGUUAGCACAGGGGUGUUCUCUUAGGAGGUGUUCAUAUGGGUGGAGACUACUGUAUUUAUUUUUGUAUCUGUUCCCAUGUUGUGUGUUAUUGAUCAUCAUUUAGUACUGUUUCUGCACUCAUGAAUGAUUUGGAUUGCUUAAAAAGUAUAUUUUUCAUGAAUGAAAACAGUAUAAAAAUGACCAGUAGGAAAUAGUAAACAGAUCACAAAUUAAAUAUUAUGCAAAUUCACUGGGUAUUCGUUUGUUUUAUUUGUAUUUUUUUUUCAUAUUGGAGCCAUUUACAACAGUAUUAUUUCAAAAGGUAUUGUUAGACUUAAACUUGGGAUUUUUUUUUUCAAAAAAUGGCUGGCCUUCUCAUCCAGCUGUGCUGAUGCAGGUAAAUGAAAUUUAGAUAUGGAUCAUUUCAGUUUGAAAUCCAAGCUAAAUCUGCAAUUGUUUUUUCCCCAAUUACCCCGUGUUAAUAACCACAGCCCUGUGCACAAUGUGCAGAGAUCUAGAACUCUAUAAAGUGUGCUUGCUUCCCCCCCCCCCCCCCUAGUGUUGUACUCCACACACCCUGAGCCUUUUAGUGCAAAUACUGUUAAUGUUGUCUGCUUCCAUUUGUUGAAUUCUGCUGCACUCCAGACAGAUAUUUUUCACAGACUAAUGUCCUUUUCUUUUUUCCUUUUUUUUUUUCCUUUGCACACUUUCUAUAUAAUUUCUCACUGCACAUUUAUAUGUAUAUUUUUGCAAUUUGUCCUGCAUGGGUGGGGUCGGUGGUUUAUUAGCAGUCUCUUUUCAUGUACACCUUGUCACCUACUUGCUCCAUGUCAUCCCUUUCCCUAAACCUGGAAACCAUCUAUGAGUUGGAUAUUCUGUCAGAUAUUUCAGAGGACGAUCCAAUGUCAUUUGCUGAACUUGACCAAGAAUACCCAGUUACUAAUUUCACACACAGUUCCCAAGAGAAUGCUGAGGACAUUACCUCAUCAGAGCUUGAUAAUGAUGAUGAUGUCAAAGGUUCUUCACCGAACAUUCUCAGUCCUGACCACUGUAUUCCAGCCACAAAUAAAUGCCAUUACUCUCCAGUAAUUGACUCUAUAGAAAUGAAAUCCCAAUUUGACGACUUCUUCAGUUUCUAUAAAUGUCUUAAGUUCCCCACCUUGCUGGACGAAGACGGCUACAUCUGUUUUCCCAGCCUGCCAGAGGACUGUGCCUCCUUCUUGCCCCACAGCCUUCAGUGCUACAUCCCCAUCACCUCCCCGUCCCUCAUCCCCUCCUUCUUUUUCAUAUUUGCGCUGCUUCUCUCAGCUUCUCAGUCGCUCCCCUUCUCCCUCACCCUGUCCCUUCCUCUUGCUCUGUGCCUUUGCUACUUGGAACCUAAAGCGACAUUGUUCACCUCUUAUGACUAUGACCCGAUUGAGAAAGCAGAGCCAGAGGAGGUGUGUAACCCUGUUGCUUAACUGCUGCUGAUUUCACUCUUUUUGUUGUUGUUGUUUUUUUUCUUUCUAAGGCCUUGCAAGCUUUUCUGUGUAAAAUGAAAGACAUGUUUUAAAAGGAUAGACAUUUCUUAAAUCAUUAUGAACAAAAUGCACGUCAGUCAACCUCUAAAUGCAAAACAGAUUCGAAGGAACAAAGAUUGAUGUUGCUUUUAUUUACAAAGAAAUCCAUGCAAUGCGAAAGCUUUGUCUUGCUAACAUUGUUAUAAACUGUUAUGUAUUUAGUGGUUUUUUUAAAAUAGUUUCUUUUGUUUGUUUUUUAAUUAAGAGAAAUAAAGGCCCUUGAGAAUUCCUCUUUAGCUUUCCAGUAGUUUUAAAAUAAAAAUAGUUGCCUUAUUAUUUGAGGCUUCUAGUAGGUUAAUAAUGUUUUCAUGUCCUUUUUCAAUAGAGGGCACUAUUACACAGUCCCUGGAGUAUUCAGUGGUGAAAGUAGCCAAGAGACUCAGGUUAACAUUCUCUUGUCCAUUUUAGGUUAUUACAUGAAACAGGAUCAGCAGAUUCUUCUCUCAUAAUAUAAUAUUGUGCUGUUUGAUAAAAUACAGUGUCAAAUCUCGAAGAUCGGCAUGCUUAUGAUUUUCUUCAUGCUACAUAAAUUGCCACUGCCUACAAAUUGAAGUAGGAAUGGUAUUUUCUCCAUCCCAUUGUAUGUAAUGCUUUUGAGAAUGAAGCCGUCCAUCUUCCAUUUCACCUUUUUCCAAAUGCGACUUCAACCAUUUCUAC